CACCACUGAAAGCCAUGAAUUUUGAAUUUGAGAGGGAGAUUGGGUUUAUAAACAGCCAGCCAUCGCUCGCGGAGUGUCUGACUUCCUUCCCCGCUGUCUUGGAGACACUUCAAACUUCAUCAAUCAAGGAGUCGACAUUAAUUCCUCCUCCUCCUUUCGGGCAAACCUGCCCCAGCCUCCAGCCCGGCGCCUCCACCCUUCAGAGACCCGGGAGCCAAAAGCGAACCGAAGAUGGGCCUGCUCCGCCGCCGCCGCCGCCGCUCCCCGCCGCCCCCCUGGCCCCCGAGUUCCCCUGGAUGAAAGAGAAGAAAUCCACCAAGAAACCCAGCCCGCCUGCCACAUCUCCUUCCCCAACCGCCUCCACUGUCCCGGCCGCCGGGGUGGCAGCGCCCGCAGAUGGCCCGGGCCUGGCAGAGGCCGGCGGGGCGCGCAGGCUGCGCACCGCGUACACCAACACGCAGCUGCUGGAACUGGAGAAGGAGUUCCACUUUAAUAAGUACCUGUGCCGACCGCGCCGCGUCGAGAUUGCGGCCUUGCUGGACCUCACCGAGAGGCAGGUCAAAGUCUGGUUCCAGAACCGGCGCAUGAAGCACAAGCGGCAAACGCAGCACCGAGAACCGCUCGAUGGGGAGUCAGCGUGCGCCGGAGCCCUGGAGGACGCAGGCGACCCGGCCGAAGAGCCCGCGGUCAGCCCUGGCGGCCCCUCCGCCUCGCAGGCGACGCAGGAAACCCGCUGUCUCCCACCCGAGGUCACGUCGGGGUCCCGGCCGUGGGCCGCUCGUUUGGAGGGUGCGGGUGCGCCAAGCCGGGGCUGUGCGCUGCGCGGGGCCAGCGCGCUCCAGCCCGAACCGACGCCAGACGACACCUUCCCGGAAAGGCAGGAUUCGCCGUUCCCGCCCGACCUCAACUUUUUCGCGGCCGACUCCUGUCUCCAGGUGUCCGGAAGUCUCUCCUCCGGCCCGCAGGGCUCGCUGGACAGCCCGGUCCCUUUUUCCGAAGAAGAUCUGGAUUUCUUCACCAGCACGUUGUGCGCCAUCGACCUGCAGUUCCCCUGACC